CCUCAGCUGGAGAACACGGGAGGGUCUUGAGAGAAAUUUAAAAACCCACGGCAAGUAUUUCCCUCUCCGAUCUACGACUAAUGGCUGAAGACGCGAUGGCAAGCCCAGGCAAAGAAAACUAUCGAAUGAAGAGCUACAAGAAUAAAGCACUGAACCCCCAGGAAAUGCGGAGACGGAGAGAGGAGGAUGGGAUACAGCUCCGUAAACAGAAGAGGGAGGAGCAGCUGUUCAAGAGAAGGAAUGUGUGUCUGCCAUCUGGUGAUGAGUCCAUGCUUGAAUGCCCCAUUCAGGACCCUGAUAUCAGCUCCACUGUACCUGUAUCAGGUGAAGGAGUUAUAACCCAAGACAUGAUUCAGAUGAUCUUCUCUGAGAAUCCAGACCAGCAGCUCAUAGCCACUCAGAAGUUCAGAAAGUUACUCUCUAAAGAGCCCAAUCCUCCCAUUGAUGAGGUCAUCCACACACCUGGUGUCAUCAACCGGUUUGUUGAAUUCCUAAAAAGGAGUGAUAACUGGACUCUGCAGUUUGAAGCUGCCUGGGCCCUGACCAACAUUGCCUCAGGGACCUUCCUACACACCAAGGUGGUCAUUGAGAUGGGGGCUGUGCCCAUCUUCAUAGAGCUGCUCAACUCCGAGUAUGAGGAUGUACAAGAGCAGGCAGUGUGGGCGUUAGGAAAUAUUGCCGGGGAUAAUGCAGAGUGCAGAGACUAUGUCCUCAACUGUUGCAUCUUGCCCUCUCUUCAGCAGUUGCUUGAAAAAUCAAACCGGCUCACUACCACCCGGAACGCCGUGUGGGCGCUAUCCAACCUGUGCAGAGGGAAAAAUCCGCCUCCGGACUUCGCAAAGGUGUCACCAAGUCUGAGCGUGCUCUCCAGUUUGCUCUUCAGCAGUGAUCCUGAUGUUCUUGCAGAUGCCUGCUGGGCACUUUCAUACCUGUCCGAUGGACCCAAUGACAAAAUCCAGACAGUUAUUGACUCGGGCGUGUGCCGCAGGCUGGUGGAGUUGCUCAUGCACAGUGAUUACAAGGUGGUGUCCCCUGCACUUAGAGCAGUGGGGAACAUUGUAACAGGAGAUGAUAUUCAGACCCAGGUGAUUCUGAACUGCUCCGCUCUGCCCUGCCUGCUCCAUUUACUUAGUAGUCCGAAAGAAUCCGUCAAAAAAGAGGCCUGCUGGACCGUCUCCAAUAUCACCGCUGGGAACAGAGUGCAAAUCCAGGCGGUAAUCGAUGCCAACAUAUUCCCAGUGCUAAUCGAGAUACUGCAGAAAGCUGAGUUCCGUACCAGGAAAGAGGCCGCAUGGGCAAUAACCAAUGCCACCUCAGGAGGCAUGCCAGAGCAGAUUAGGUACUUGGUUUCUCUCAACACCAUAAAGCCCAUGUGUGACCUGCUGACAGUGAUGGACUCCAAGAUUGUGCAGGUGGCUCUGAACGGCCUGGAGAACAUCCUCAGACUGGGAGAACAGGAGUCUAAACAGAAUGGAAUAGGCAUCAAUCCUUACUGCUCUCUCAUCGAAGAGGCUUACGGCUUGGACAAGAUUGAGUUCCUGCAGAGCCAUGAGAACCAGGAGAUAUACCAGAAGGCCUUUGACCUGAUCGAGCACUACUUUGGGGUCGAGGAGGAGGAUGCAAGCAUCGUUCCACAGGUGGAUCAGAAUCAGGGCCAGUACAUUUUCCAGCAGUCUGAGGGACCGAUGGAAGGCUUCCAGCUCUAACCCGUAUGGCCAAGCUUCAGGCCUUGCUUCCUCCAUCCUGCCUGGAGUCUCCUCUCCCUCCUUCUCUGCAGCGCAGGACCUCAGCUCAAGCCUCGCUCCAAGACACAGAGGCCCGUACCCGCUACUCACAACAGAGAUGACGCCUGCGCCCCCUGCCCCAAACCCUAUCCACUAAAUCUUCCAUUUCCAUCUUGCCCAUAUUCCAAGCUCCAUUAUCAAGAGAGAAAUCUGUGAGAUGGACCGAGGAGAGCAAAGCUCAGAGUCUGUAGUUUAAGUCCUGUUGAGACUUAGAAAAAGCAUCUUUCUUUUAUUAUUAUUGUUGUUGAUGUUAUUAUUAUGAUUAUUAGACAUUGGCACUGGUCUCCUGUAAAGUAAACUUUACUCCAUAUCCCUUGAGAAAUGUGAAACUACCUCUUCAAUCAGAAAAAAAAAAAAUUUGUGAGA